AGCAGACAGGCUGAGUUCCUCUAGCCCUUGUAUCCUUUCUCUCCCAUCGCUUUAAACUCCUUCUCGGAGAGGAUCAGCUAGCUUUGGGGAUAAUGUAGCUUUAAGGAAACUUUUGGCAGAUGUGGAUGCCCUAACAUCUGGGCAGUGUUAAUAGAAUCCCGGAGGCCCCGGACAGACCAGCAGCCAUUCGUUCUAGGAAUGUUAAAAUAGACGUUUUUCCGACUGAUGAGAGAAGCAGAGAAGGAAAAAGAGAAGUAGAAGAGUGUAGAAAACCACAAAACAGAUGCCACAUUUCUGCUUGCCCUUAAUGUUCACUGAUGGCUGAUUUCUGAAAGUUAUUUUCUCCUUUGCCCUGAUUUUUAUCUGGCCACAUACCUCUACUCUUAUCUCCCUAACAAACCGUCUCCCUGCCUUGCAAGAAUGGCAAGUCAACUAAUUCAAAGAGGAGCUCUCUCCCUGCUGCUCUUCCUCAUGCCCGCAGUGACACCAACAUCGUAUGCAGGUUCAGGCUACUAUCCAGAUGAAAGCUACAAUGAAGUGUAUGUUGAAGAGGUUCCCAGGGCACCUGCCCUAGAUUACCGAGUGCCCCGAUGGUGUUAUACGUUAAAUAUCCAGGAUGGAGAAGCCACAUGCUACUCACCGAGGGGAGGCAAUUAUCAUAGCAGCCUGGGCACUCGCUGUGAGCUCUCCUGUGACCGGGGCUUUCGGCUGAUUGGACGGAGGUCAGUGCAGUGUCUGCCAAACCGUCGUUGGUCUGGAACUGCCUACUGCAGACAGGUGAGAUGCCACGCGCUGCCACUCAUCAUUAGUGGCACCUACACCUGCACAAAUGGGGUGCUUCUUGACUCCCGCUGUGACUACAGUUGUUCCAGCGGCUACCACUUGGAAGGUGACCGGAGCCGCAUCUGCAUGGAUGAUGGACGAUGGAGUGGAGGCGAGCCUGCGUGCGUAGACAUAGAUCCCCCCAAGAUCCGAUGCCCCCACUCACGUGAGAAGAUGGCAGAGCCCGAGAAACUGACGGCUCGAGUAUACUGGGACCCACCCUUGGUGAAAGAUUCUGCCGAUGGUGCCAUCACCAGAGUGACACUUCGGGGCCCUGAGCCUGGCUCACACUUUCCAGAGGGAGAACAUGUGAUUCGUUACACGGCCUAUGACCAAGCAUACAACCGGGCCAGCUGCAAGUUCAUUGUGAAAGUACAAGUGAGGCGUUGCCCAACGCUGAAACCGCCACAGCAUGGCUACCUUACCUGCACCUCAGCAGGGGACAACUAUGGUGCCACCUGUGAAUACCACUGUGACGGGGGUUAUGAGCGCCAAGGGACCCCCUCCCGCGUCUGCCAGUCCAGCCGCCAGUGGUCGGGAUCACCACCCAUCUGUACCCCUAUGAAGAUUAACGUCAACGUCAACUCGGCUGCUGGCCUUCUGGAUCAGUUCUAUGAGAAACGGAGACUUCUCAUCAUCUCAGCUCCCGAUCCUUCCAACCGCUACUAUAAAAUGCAGAUCUCUAUGCUCCAGCAAUCCACCUGUGGACUGGACCUGCGGCACGUGACCAUCAUCGAGCUGGUGGGGCAGCCACCUCAGGAGGUGGGGCGCAUCCGGGAGCACCAGUUGUCGGCCAACAUCAUCGAGGAGCUCAGGCAAUUUCAGCGCCUCACUCGCUCCUACUUCAACAUGGUGUUGAUUGACAAGCAGGGGAUUGACAGGGAACGCUACAUGGAACCUGUCACUCCUGAGGAAAUCUUCACGUUCAUUGAUGACUACCUACUGAGUGACCAGGAGCUGUCCCAGCGCCGGGAGCAAAGGGAUGUAUGCGAGUGAACUUGAACCAGAGCAUGACUCAGGUCAAGAGAAAAGCUCCCCUAGCUGAAACCGGGGCGCUGGUUUCCCAGAGUCCUAAGGGACAGGACUCUGAGGUGGGUGAGGUUUACCAAUCCCUGGACAUUCCAGGCAUCCCAUUAAGGCUGUGUGAUGGCUUGACUCAGCAAGUCUCUGCUCUAGGUAGCACUGCAGGAGCAUAAGAAGCUGAGGACAGGCCCUGGGCUGUGGGUUUGGGUAGAAGGUCUAUGUGUCCUAAGCGCCCGGCACUGUAAAAUCUUCCAGAUACAUGUAACGGUCCCCUACAUCCACAAGACACAGGGUCUAAGACCCCCAAUGGAUGUCUGAAACUAUGGAUACUACCUAAUCCUAUAUGCUAUAUUUUUUCCUAUAUGUGUAUCCCUAGAUAAACUUUUAUUUAAGUCAGGCACAGAAAGAUAACCAUAGU